AGUUAGCUAACCAACAUGGUGCACGCCAACUACAUCACGUUCGUUUUCGUCUUCAGUCGAAUUCUCACACAGAUACAAGGACAGUUGUGUGGACAGUUCGAGUGUGCUCCUAACGCGGUCUGUCAGGGUGGAUUGUGUAUGUGUUCACCGGGCUUCAUUGGAUCCGGCCGAUUCCUCUGUGUCUCGCAAGCUGCCCGCUGCCCAUGUCUGAGUUUCGGUGACCCCCACACGAUGCUGUACGACGGUCAGAGGGUGCGCACGAUCCUACCGUGCGAGUUCGUGUACACGGAGUUCACAAGUCCGGUGGUUUCCGGUAUGACGUGCAGCGUGCAGGUUCGCCUCGUCACGGAGCGCCGGCCCACGCAGGCCAACCGGUUCCGCCAGUUCGUCAAGGAGAUCGUGGCCGUCGUCACGAGAGACAACACCAGGCUAGACAUCGUCGCCUCACAGGCCGGCAUCAACAUCCAGACUACCUCAACGGGUGCGGGCACAAACCCUGACCCAGACAUCACGCCAAUAGUGUCGCAAAUGGGUCAGAUACACCAGGUCAUUCUGACUGAGUGUGACACGGCGAUCGGCUUCAACCCGACUCUAGGGUCCGGCUUUGUGGACGCACCUCGAGCCGCUACUUUCCCGCCACAAGGUCUAUGCGGCAACUGCGACGGCAUGCAGAACGACAACCCGUUCGACAACGUGGCCGGCGCUACCCCGUCCGAGAAAGACCUCGCCCUGUCUCUCCGACAACUCAGCACCACACAGUCAACGAAUGACUCUGCUACGUGCACAGCGGUCUCGGCAUCGGCCAUGAAAGGCACGUGCACGAACGACGCCACUUUGAUCGCGGGUGUUCGAGCAUGUUCAGUGUUCAUCAUGGAUUCGCCCUAUAGGGACUGUCUGUUCGCCAUGGGGGUUGGAACCAAAGAGAACUUGCUCUUCACUUUCAACUCGUGUUUAGAUCUUUACUGCACCCCCAACACGGCGGCCGCAUGUGGUCUAGUUAAUUCCUUAUCACAACCUGGAAUAAACUGUGCGCUGCCAACCGGCUACACGUGUGUGUAGAACGUGCAGGGAGUGCCAGAAAACACGUGCUGGGACAUCGAUCAGUUAGUGAAGAACUUUUAAAGUUGCAGUCUCGAGUCGGGUUUUAUUAUCUCACCAUUUACAACAGAUCAUCAAAGUAUUUUCUUAACGUCGCGCGUCAUUCUUCGAUCUCGCUUUGUUAUACUCAUUAUCAACGUCACGCAAAAAUGUGUUACUCUCCAUUUUAAAUGUGAAAAGCGGACUGCUGUUUCACUAGUUAGUUACAAAGUAUAUUUUUGAAAAACCAGAAAAAAAGGCAGUGGCGACUGACUUGUAGAGGUAUUUUGUGUGAUGGCCGUUGAUAGCCAUAACAUUCGAGUUUAUUAAAGCUGUAGGUGUGUUUAUAUUUUGAAUUAGUAAAGGACGUCAUGUGUCGAGGCAAGACUGCAACUUUAAAAUAACAAGAAAUAAAACAAUUUUUUGGAAUGUGACCAUACGUUAUUCAUCAGAAUGAAUAUUUUGAAGGUUUUAUUGGUUUAUUGCUUGAAUCUUGAAAUUUAUUUUUUGUUUUUAAUUUUGUUUAUUUUAAAGCACAAAUUGACUGCAACAUGUACAUAUUGUAAGACUGUAUGGCUCUGUUAUAAAAUAUGUAAUGGGAUUUACUGGUAAACAGAAUAAAACUGGGUUCAAUAUC